GCGUGUGUCGUUAUUGAACCUAUUGUUUAUCUAGCCUGAUCUACACCUUUUUGGCAGUUUUUGCUUGAGUUUCUUUAAUGGAUACUGACCCUCCUUCUUUGAAAAGGUCCAGAGAGACCAUUGAGAAUGAUGGGGCUUACAUACCCGACAAUGGCGGACCCCACACUUCGAUAAUAUUCUCUUUGAACGAUGAGAAGGGAGCCUUGGUCAAUGCCUUAAAACCAUUUGAAGAUCUCGGCAUUAAUAUGACGCAUAUUGAGUCAAGGCCCUCUAAGAGCAAGCCGGGAUUAAGUUAUGAUUUCUAUGUUGAUUGCAGCCUCACUAAAGAGCAGAGUGUCAAAAUCAUUGAGAGACUGAAAGCAACGGCUACUAAUGUAUCGAUAUUUUCUCGCUCGCCUGAAAAGGAUGAGAUCCCAUGGUUUCCCAAACAUAUAAGUGAUUUGGAUCGUUUUGCUAAUCAGAUUCUGAGCUAUGGCUCCGAGCUUGAUUCUGAUCACCCGGGUUUUACUGACAAAGUGUACAGAGAGAGACGCAAGUUCUUUGCUGAUAUUGCUUUUAAUUACAAAUACGGUCAGCCAAUACCACGUGUUGAGUAUACUGAAGAUGAGAUUAAGACUUGGGGUACAAUAUUUCGUGAGCUGACAAAGCUUUAUCCUACGCACGCUUGCAAAGAGCAUAACCACGUCUUCCCAUUAUUGAUUGAAAAUUGUGGAUACCGCGAGGACAAUAUACCUCAACUCCAGGACAUUUCUGACUAUUUAAAAAAAUGCACCGGAUUUUCUCUCAGACCUGUCGCUGGUCUCCUUUCUUCAAGAGAUUUCUUGGCAGGUUUAGCUUUCAGGGUAUUUCACUCGACCCAGUACAUACGUCACGGCUCAAGGCCUAUGUACACACCAGAACCUGACGUCUGCCAUGAGCUGUUGGGUCAUGUACCUUUGUUCUGUGAUCCUGAAUUUGCUCAGUUUUCUCAAGAGAUUGGGCUCAUAUCUCUCGGGGCUCCUGAUGAAUUUGUUGAAAAACUGGCAACAUGCUAUUGGUUCACAAUUGAGUUUGGGUUGUGCAGACAAAAUGGAGAGAUUAAAGCAUAUGGAGCUGGUCUGCUGUCCUCAUUUGGAGAAUUGAAGUAUUGCUUGAGUGAUGUUCCAAAAGUGUUACCAUUUGAUCCAGCUAAUACAAGUAUUCAGAAGUAUCCCAUAACAGAAAUGCAACCUGUGUAUUUUCUUGCUGAAACGUUUCAAAAUGCCAAGGAGAAAUUAAUUGAAUGGGGUAAAACUAUCCCAAAGUCUUUCACGCUUCGUUACAAUGCCUAUACUCAACGAGUGGAAGUACUCAAUUCUAAAGACUCCAUUAAGAAGCUUGCCAGUGACAUUAAGUACCAGGUGUCUAUUCUUGAUGAAGCUGUCAGGAAAUUUUAAAAACUUUAACAACAGGAGAAAAUUUAUGCUGCUUGUCAUUGUACACCUUAUUUAUCAAUGCUAUUUUUUGCUGAAUGAUCCCUUCUUUUUAAAGCAAAAUGAAUUUAAUUCAAAAUUUCAAA